AUGACAACACAUACAGCACCCAAGAAGCGGAUCAUAAUCGUCGGAGCUGGUGCUUUUGGGCUCUCUACUGCCCUAUAUUUGCAAAGAUAUCAUAAGCAACAUGUCGACGUUCUGCUUUUAGAUUCACAGCCAUUCCCAUCGGUGGAUUCAGCCUCCGGAAACGAUACUUCUCGUGCAAUCCGUCCGGACUACACAGAUUCUUUUUAUUCAAACCUUGCAAAAGAUGCUAUGCACGCCUGGAGCACAGACCCGGUCUUUUCAAGUCAUUAUAAACAAAGUGGUCGCCUGGCUGCUGCUGCGCCAGGAGUACCCUUUCUUCAGAGAUGCCGAGAGACCCUAAAGACAGUCGGCCUAGAAGUUGAAGAGUUCGGCGAAAUGGAUAAGGCGCAGAAUUUGAAAAAGAAGUUUCCCAUGCUGGGUGACGUGGAGAAACUCAAGGGAUGGGACUUCUACUAUAAUCCACAUGCCGGAUGGGCGAAUCCUAAAGAAGCUGUUAUAUCGGCCAUGAAAGAAUAUCAAGCGCUUGGGGGAAAGUUCAUUGGCGACUCUAAACGCGGGAAGGUAGUUGACAACCUUAUUGUGGAUGGCGAUGACAAUCAAUUGGCUGCUGCGAUAACAGGGCGAAUUGUUGGAGUGAAAACAGCAGAUGGGAGAGCGCAUCACGCCGAACAUGUCAUAUAUGCCAUUGGCUCAUUUUCGACGUCUCAGAAAACACUGCUUCCUGGUCUGGAGACCCAAAUUCACCCAACAGGCUUUGCCAUUGCGCACUGGAAAUUGGAUGAUCCGGAUGAAUUGAAGGCAUGGCUGCACCAUCCGGUCGUGGAUAUGUACCAUUUCGGUUAUUUUUUCCCUCCUGACCCGUCUACUCAUCUCAUGAAACUAGGUCUCGGGAUUAUGGGUUUCACUCACGACCAUGAAACAGAUGAUGGCGACACGGGUGUUGGUAUUGCGAGAGCGAAUUCAGCCUUGGCUGGUUCUUCUCAUGAAGGCCGUAUUCCACCCAUUGCUGAAGAGGGAAUCCGGUGGAUUUUGAGCCACUGGGCCCCAAGCCUAGCGCAAAAAAAGUUUUUCGACAUGAAGAUGUGCUGGGAUGCAAUGACGCCAGAUGGAGGUUGGCUGAUCGACAACCACCCCCAGGUCCAAGGACUUAGCGUUGCAACUGGCGGAUCGGGUCAUGGAUUCAAGUUCUUGCCCGUGGUGGGCCAAUUCAUUUGUGAGGCACUGAACCUUGUCCAAACGGAGGCUGUUGGUUCCGUCACGCCUAGGAGCACUGAUCAUAGAAAAAGGCAGAUGAGAGAAAAGUGGAAAUGGGGGCGGAAAGGGAACUUGAAUGUCAAGGACCGACGAGUAGCUCUCCAAGGACGUCCAAUCCUGAAUGUUGUGGAACACUUGGAAUCCGACAGGUGUCAUGAUAUCGAUUCUAUUAUCCGGUCAAGGCUCUAA